ACUCUGUUUCUUCUUCGCUUCAUCAUCUUCAUUUUCUGCUAAAGAAGAAACGAAAACAGAGCCGAUUCUUCUCUUUUCAAAGAUGUUCAAAGCCAUAGCUCAUUUUGGGUUCAAGAAAUCUUCGAAGCCAUUCAAAGAUUACUACGAUGGAUGGUUCAAGACUCUCAAGAACGUUCUCCUCCCUCAGCUCCGUCACGCCAUGUCAUCAUCCGCCACCUCCGGCCCAAUUCUCCUAGCUUCGCACGUCGAGGUAAUGCACCGUCACUUCCUUAAAUACUACGAAGCCCUAGAUCUUGCCGCCGCAAACGACGUCUCUCAGGUACUUUACCCAGAUUGGCGAAACCCCUUUGAAAAACCCUUCCUCUGGGUCGGCGAUCUUCACCCAUACCUCUUCACAAAUCUCCUCCGUUCAUUUAUCGGCGACUCGGAAUCCGAAAUUGACUCAGAUAUAUUCGACAAACUGCAAAAUUGGCAUGUGGUAAUGGCGUGGAAGAGCCCGUCGAGGAAAUUAACUACUGGGGUCGAUCAAAUCGAGUGUGGAUUGAGGCUAAUGGUGCCUGCACUGGCGGCGCGUGCACGCGACGCGCAGGCGAAGUUCGUCGAAAAAAUGGCGGUGGAAUGGGGGAAAUGUGAAGGGAGGAACCAGGAGAUGAAAGGGGUUGUGGGAGAAUCAGCGGCGGCGGAGAUGGAAGAACUGGUCGGAGUAUUUGUGGAUGCGAACAGGCUACGGAGGAGUGUACUUUCCGAUAUACUGAACGUGACGGAUGUUAAUCAGGCGGCGGUUUUUCUCGAAGCUUUAGCUCAAUUCCUUGUUGGGUUUCGAAAUCGUGAAUUGCUCAGUCAAUUUGACAAGUGUUCUAUGGAAUUAUAGUUGCAGAAGAAGAAUCAGUGCACAGAUUCUAAUUUUGUGCACAGAUUUCUAAAUUAAGCCACUAAUCUUUGACUAAUCUCUACACAAAUUAGUCACUAAUUUGUGGUUCUUGAAAGGAUUAAGACUGCAGUAUUAACUAGCUAAUGUUUCAUUUCUGUAUCUCUCUGUUUU